UCGCUCUAAUCUCACAUGACAGUGACACCCAAUCUCUCACGGGCCAAUGACAAUUCCGAUCUAAGUCUGAAAACUAAAAUCUCCAAUCAAAUCAAGCAUCCAACCCCGCGUAACCUAAAAACCCGCCGUCUAUUGAGACUUUCCCCUGAGCGGUGUCAUAGCAGCCGCUGCAGGAAUUCGUCGCCGAUCGUCUCUCUCUUCACUUCUUGUCGCACUUCCUUUCUUGCUGUGAUUGAUUAUCCUUCUAUCAAGAUGGCUGGACCAGCUCCAUUUGUAGAUAUGGGAAAAAAAGCCAAAGACCUCUUGACAAAAGAUUACAACUUUGACCAAAAGUUUACUCUUACGAUGCUGAGCUCCACCGGAAUGGGACUUACAGCUACAGGGCUCAAGAAGGACCAAAUCUUUUUUGGAGACAUAAAUACUGUGUACAAGAGUGGAAAUACUACAGUGGAUGUCAAAGUUGAUACCUAUUCUAAUGUGUCUACAAAAUUGACUGUCAAUGAGGUCUGGCCAUGUUCCAAAGCUGCUUUAAGUUUCAGAAUACCUGAUCACAAGUCUGGCAAGCUGGAUGUCCAAUAUCUUCACCCACAUGCCGCCAUUGAUUCUAGCAUUGGCCUGAAUCCAACUCCUCUGUUGGAGUUUUCAGCAACAAUUGGAAGCAAGGAACUUUCUUUGGGUGGUGAAGUUGGAUUUGAUACAGCCUCUGCCUCCUGUACUAAGUACACUGCUGGUAUUGGCUUGAACAAGUCAGAUUUCUCUGUUGCACUGUUACUGACUGAUAAAGGACAGGCUCUGAAGGCAUCUUAUAUCCAUUCUGUCAACCCCUUAACAUGUGUUGCUGCUGAAAUGACUCAUAGAUUUUCCACCUAUGAAAACAAUUUCUCCAUCGGAAGUUCCCAUGCUGUGGAUCCUUUUACGAUGGUAAAGACACGGUUUUCUGACAAUGGGAAGGUUGCAAUGCUGUGCCAACGUGAAUGGAGGCCCAAAUCACUCAUAACUGUUUCGGCAGAGUAUGAUCCAAAGGCCGUCAAUGCAUCCCCUAAGAUGGGGCUUGCCCUUGCUCUCAAGCCUUGACAGGGAAGAUGUUCAGUUUAAAACUCUUUCAGUCAGCAGUUUGAAUUCAACAUUUGAUGAUAUAUUUUUUUUCCCCGGAACCCUUUUAUUCCACCCAGAUCAUUUGAAAGAUCAGUUGAUGAGCUGAUGAAUGUUUUUACUAAAACGGUAGUGGGGAAAGCAAACCCGAUUUUGGACAAGUUUAUAAUUGAUAACACAAGAGCAGUUUUUGUUGCUGAAUGUUGAGAAUGGUUUCAUGUUGUAUGCCAGGGGUAUUUUCCCUGUUUUUCUUUGUAUGGAAUCCCUGUAUCUGUGGCAUUUCGUCGUCUUCGUUUC